AAUUAUUGUCAACUAUAUACGUCAAAUAUUAUAUCGAAUGAAUAUUAUUCACUGAGACAAAAGUCGAAGUUGUAAUAAAAUAAAUUUAAUACGUAUUAAUAAUCCAUUUGGUUCAAAUUAAAAUGGCCGGUAAAGGUUCGGACCGAAAGGCCAAAUUAAAAGACUUAAAGGGUAUCGCUGAAUCCAAUGAUACAGCAGCGUUCACACUACCAGACAGCCUCCCUUGUUCCGAAGUUGAUUUCCCAAUACUGAUUAAGAGAAAGCCGAGAGCGAACUGGAAUGAUAUCAUCGACGAAAGUAACAAAUGGCACAAUGAAUUGGAUGAAUUUAACCAAAGUAAAUUAGUACCUGUGCCGAAAUCACCGUUCCUUAGAACUGAAACUGAUUACAUUAAAAAUGAAGUAUUUGUGCAACUCAUACCUGCCUUAGUGGAGACUCUGAAUAAAGCUAAGAUCUGGCAGGCGUUUACUAGAGACAAAUGUUUCUUCAACGGAAUAGACCACGUCGUCCAGGUGCUCUGGAACAAUAACCCCCGCUACCCGGGACGAAAGAUCGUCAAUUUUCAUUUAUUCAACAUGCCGUGGGUUAGAAAGGCUCUUAAGGAGAAUCCACGUCCUUAUUACCCGAAGUCUUGGUUAUGGCCAGAGGAGUAUGCUGCUACUCUCAUACAAAAAACUGUGCGUCAAUACUUCAUACAAAGACAAGAGGAAGUGCAAGAAAUGCGCGAAUUUUGGAAGAAACUCGAAGUGGAACGUCAAAUUCCCGACAUGGAGUUCAAUCCUUUCUUGGCCAAGGCAUUUGCUUCAGCAGCUCACAUGAAAAAAUGAUAAGCUAAAAUCCCACUUAAGAUUUCUAGUAGAUAAAAGGUUCCUCCUUUUUAACACAUUUCUAGUGGAAAUCUUUCUGCAUUUAAUGGUCCAAUAAUAAAUGAAUAGCAAAUUAUUGUGAACUGUGUAUAUCAUUAACUUUUUCGAAAACCAACUCUUGUAUAUGAGAUAAAAAUAGAAAACACAUUGUCUCAUGUGGAUCCGUGUUCCUGCACACAAAGAGUUGAUAAUUAAUUAUUAAUUACAACCCUUAGCCUAGACCUGCUUUCCUAGAUUCUAUAGCAAUUUUUUAGUUAAUUAUAAUAUUAUAAUGCAUUCCAUACCAUCAAGCUUUCAAUCCCUAAAAGGGAAGGCAGAGGUGCAUAUUACAAUGAAGCAUCCACUUUUCACCAGCUAUGUAAUGAUCAUAAUUUAUGAAUGUUGUUAGACUCAAUUUAACAAAGAAAAAUAAAUAAAAUAGUUUGCAAAUGUGCACAUUUGUUAUCAACUACUUUAUUGUUCUAUAAUAUCUAUCUUAAAAUACAUAUGUAAUAUUAGUUU